CCCCCUAAAAUAUCUCUACAAAUCAUAAUGCUCAAGUUAGACAACAAUGUAGCAGUCAGACUCAGGCUCGAUCACGUGAUUCUUGUCAGAGUGGCAAACCGAGGGCGAAACAUGGCGGUGUCGUCGUCCAAGAAAGUUUUCGAGGUCUUCGUGUCUAAAAUACCAUGGACUUUAGCAGGCAAGGAGAUGAAGGAGUACUUCGGGCAGUUUGGCCCAGUGAAGAAAUGUCUUCUACCAUUUGAUAAAGAAAGAGGCUUCCACAGAGGCUUCUGCUGGAUUGGAUUCUCAACAGAAGAAGGACUGAACAAUGCCCUACAGAAAGAUCCACAUGUGCUGGAGGGAGCCAAGCUCCAGGUUCAGAGGAACAGAAGUCCAUUUGCAGGGCAGAAAUCAAACAAAGAGAGUGAUCAUGACUAAAGCUUCCUGGUAUUACUGCGUCGAUGAGACAGAUAAAGAUGUGCUAUUAUUAUUCUCGGAUAUUCUCUGAUAUUCUAAAUUUUUUUUGCAAUUCUUUUCAGGCCAAAACGAAAAUUUAGACUAGUACACCAGGUUUGGUGUAUAUAUAUUUCCAUUCUAAAGUCUCUGUAUGACCAGAGUGUGUUCCCUUUCUUGUACACCAUCAGUGAAUUUGAGCCUGAUCAUUAUUGUCAUUGUUUUAAUGGGUUGUCCAGUAGUAAUGACUAAAUUUAUUGUCAAUGAUAGUGUGUACUUCAUGUAACCAUCCUGUCACACACCAUGAACAUGGUAUGGCAGGUUAAUGCUAACUUGUAAUUUCCAGUGUAUAUCAAUAAAAACCGUGUUUAAUUCUA